AGCGUGAUAUUUAAUUUGAAAUAGUCUUGGAUCAUUUUGUAGUGAAAGCCUGCAGUAGAAAUGGAAUAGACUAUAUACAGCCUUUUGGUUAGAGAUUCCUGUAUAAAAAUCCCACAAAGCUAUUCAUUCGCCAACCGACACAGGCAUUGGACAUGGAAUUUACCACUACAGCAGGAAAUGCAACGACAUUCGGGAAUACAACGGCGGGAUAUGAAUUUGACCCCCAGAUUGAAAUGUUUAAAAUACUUGUGACAUGUAUCCUCGCACUCGUAAUGUUUGGAAUGGGAUGCGCGGUGGACCAUGAAAAAUUGAUUAACAAUUUUAAAAGACCCAUUGGAAUUCUUAUUGGACUCGGAUGUCAAAUUUUGAUGAUGCCUAUGAUUGCGUAUGGAUUGAUAAAAGCGACAUCAAUGUCUGAAUUACAGGCAAUCACGUUCAUGGUGGUAGGCUGUAGUCCUGGCGGCACUUUCAGUAAUAUUCUAGCGUACAUGGUAGAUGGAGAUAUGCCACUAAGUGUUGCCUUGACAACUUUGAGCAAUUUGUUUGCCCUUGGAACAGUCCCCAUGUGGCUCUUUUUAUACACGUGGAUUGAAGAGGUUGAUGAAAAUAUUCAAAUUCCGUACAGUUCAUUAGGGAUCACUUUAGCAAGUUUGAUCAUUCCAAUUGUUGCCGGAAUCUUAUUUCGAUACAAGUUCGUCAAAAUAGCCAAAUAUCUAGCAAAGGGAUGUGCAAUAUUCGGAUUUAUUCUAUUGGUUGCAAUUGUUGCAGCGAUGUUGAUAAGAAAUGACAUUCCAAUUGUAUUCUCGGUGAAGACUAUACUGCCAAUAGCAGUUCUACCAAUUGCCGGCAUGGUGAUUUCAUUCUGCAUCUCUCUCAUUCCGAGACUUGAAUUGUCACGGGAAGCAAGACGAACGAUCGCAAUUGAAACGUCAAUACAGAAUGGAAGUCUUUCGACAAAUGUUGUUUUUUUAACUUAUGGAAACCGUUUGAAUAUGUUCAUGGCUGUUAUUACCAUCCCCCUGUUAUACUCAAUAUCGCAAACUAUUUAUAACAUUAUUUUAGUAGUGAUUUAUAAAACCUGGAAAUUUUAUCAAAAGUCCAGAAACAGGAAAUUCUCUGGGCAAUCUGUGACUGCAGUUGGGUACGAGGUAAUGGAAAUGACGUAACGACCAAAUAAUUUUCGUUGAAAUGAGUCCAAAUUCUACCACAGCUGUGUACUUCACAUUGAAUUUGUGACCGAACAUAUGUGAAAGUGAAAAAACUUUCGGGCGAAUCAUUUUAAAAUUUUGGAUUAUAAACAGUAUAUUCUUAGUUGCCUCUAGUAGGGUGUAGAAUUUUCAACUAUUUCCAACGAUAACUUCCACAUUUUUGCACAAAGCUCUUAACUACAGCGCGAAAGUCGUUUACGAAUCCUACUGUUUUGUGUAGAAUUUUCAAAGAUAAUUUCCACAUUUUUGCACAAAGCUCUUAACUACAGCGCGAAAGUCGUUUACGAAUCCUACUGUUCUGAUCAUGAUAUUAUUGCGUUUUUAUUCUUCAACUUCACAUUUUCAUUACACAUUUAUUUGUAAUAUCGAAUUUGCACCGACGCACUUCUC